CACAGAAUAUAGAUAAUAUUAAUUUUAUCUAUAUUUGUGACGUGCGGUACGAUUCGUCGUGAAUGUCGGUUUGCUGGUCGGUAGGUAGGACGCGGGAAUGAUAAACAUGUAACAUAUUAUUAUUUAUUUAUUUACGAUGAUAAAACGAAAAUAUUUUAAUCUCGUCGAGCGUUCGCAAACAUAGCAAUAAUAAUGAGUAAUAUUCGUGAUAUUAACUAAUAACUAUUUACUAGUGGUUUCCGGCAACCUGCGCUUCAACCGAAAAAGGAUAACAACGAAUCAGACCUCUGGCUGCAUUUGUCGUUGCAACGAGUCAAAGCGAUUUUGAGUUUUUCUUACAUAGGUACCUAAAAGAAUAAGGUGUGAUAGUUUUCGCACUACCACAUUAGUGUUCAGUUGUUUUUAACUGCUUACAMUUAUUUUGGCACUCAAACUUUUAUUCAAAAAUCCACAAUGAUGACAGACCUUGGAGAUUCUGAUGACAAUUCAUCCGAUUCCAGUUACUCUAAGGUGGACUUUUACGAGGUUAUGAACGAAGUUCCUGAGAACUAUAAAGACAAAGUAGAUGAACUGAAUAAAAUAUUGCAAAGUACAAACCAAGAUAUAGAUCGUCUAAGAAAUCUAGCGAUUAGUGAAGGAGGAUUGGUGAUAAGUUUAGUACGUUCAGAAGCAUGGAAGCUGUUAUUAAAUUUACCGAAUAAUGAUGAACAGAUAUAUCCAUUGGAAAUUAUUAAGGAACAUCCUGAAUACCAUCAAGUUGAUAUGGAUGUGAGGAGGUGCUUAAAAAGAUUUCCGCCUGGUAUAUCAUAUGAGAAAAUUGGUAUAUUGCAAAAAGAAUUAAUAGCAAUUAUCUUGAGUGUAAUUAAAGAUUAUCCAGACCUAAAAUAUUACCAAGGUUAUCAUGAUGUCGCUGUCACUUUUCUUAUAGAAGUUGGACAAAAAGAAGCAUACAGUAUAAUGAAGCAUCUAUCAUUACAUCAUCUCAAAGAAUUUCUAAAGCCAACCAUGGAGGAAACAUCAUAUCUAUUAUUGCAUGUUUUUCCAUUGGUUAAAAAGCUUGAUCCAGAAUUGGAAGAAUUUAUUGAAAAGUCUGGUAUUGGUACUAUAUUUGCUCUGCCGUGGUUGAUAUCAUGGUUUAGCCACAGCUUAGAUCAACACUCGAAAGUAGUAAGAUUAUUCGAUUACUUCCURGCAUCACCAAAAGAAAUCAUCUUGUAUGUUAUAGCGCAGUUAAUAAGUUCCAGGCGUGAUGAAGUCUUAAAUACUGAGUGUGACAUGGCUUGUGUUCACAUGGUGUUAUCAAAGAUUCCAGAAAGCCUAAAUUUUGAAUUAAUAUUGGAUAAAGCUACACAAAUGUACAAAGAAUUUGAUAUUUCAAACAUAAAAGAAGAAGUUGACAAUAGAGUAAUUUUAGAAGCUAAGUUACUAAAUGAUCAACGAAAAGAAAAUGCAAUGCGGAAAAAAGACAAGAAAUUUGCAAAUCAAGAACAGCCAGUUUUUAACAAAGCUUUCCGAUACGUACCCAUAUGGGUUAGACCUAGAAUGAGAUUUGGCUUGUUGUUCUUCGGAUUUAGUUUAGCUGCCGGACUUUGGGCGGUUUUGAAAUCCAACAACAAUUAAAAAUGAAAAAUUGCUUCAUAUAUUCCAAUUAUUAUUAUUUGUGCUAUACACAGGGGAUCAAAUUGACUGAUAUCUUACAAUACAUUUAAGGAUAUGUAUUAAAUCUUUUUUACUUCUUAAUAUUKCAAGAAUCAAUUAUUUACAUUUUUUUUCUUAUCCUUAACUAUUUAGUUCACCUUGUUUAAUUUAGCCAAAUAAUUCUAUUAUUUAAAUAUUACAACUGUUUUGUACUACUCUUUAGAUGUAAAA